AUGGCGUCCCUAACAAAAUGGCGCCUGCUUAUAUUCUGUUAUUCGUUUUUGUUUAUAGAUACGGCAAUGUCUUCCCAGGAGAUCAUGGAAAAGCUCACUGUGGGCUUUACAAAAGCUUUAGAAGAAUGUAAGAAAGAGUUAAAUCUCGGUGGACACAUAAUGCAAGACUUCGUGAACUACUGGCGGGAGGAGUAUGAGUUGCUGAAUCGUGACCUGGGCUGCGCCAUCAUGUGCAUGGCGUCUAAGCAUGACCUCAUAACUGACGAUUUGAAACUACACCAUGGAAAAGCGCAUGAGUUCGCUAAAACUCAUGGAGCAGAUGACGACUUAGCCAAGCAGUUAGUGACAAUGAUCCACGACUGUGAAAAUAAUCAGCCAGAGAGCAGUGACGAUUGCAUGAGAGCCCUGGAAAUUAGCAAGUGCUUCCGGAAGAAGAUCCACGACAUGAAGUGGGCACCUUCGAUGGAAACAGUACUAGAGGAGAUUAUGGCUGAUAUAUAGGUUGAAUGCCCAGACAUUGACCCUGGCUCUUCGAAUGGGCUAAAAAGGAUAACAAAUGAAUAAUCAAUAUAAUAGAUAUUUUCAAGUUUUAUAGAAUCGGCCAAAGCAGGCACUAUAUUAGACAUUUGCUAUGUAAUUUUUAUCAGGCGUUCAGCUAAGUUUAAAUUUAUAACAAUUUGACUAAACAAAGUCCCAACGAUAAGAUAUGAGGAUAAUUUUAAUAUAUAUGUGUAA